AUGAUUAUAGACUACCAUAUCAUCCAUGAUCCAGAAACUGUGGAGGAUGGUAUUACUUUGAGGUCGGCUAUAGCGGGAUUUUUUUAUAAAAGUGUUGGUGAUGCAGCCGAUACAAAGGCCAGGUUGAUGGAAAUUUUUAGUGUUGCCAGCAGCACCGAUGUAAAAAGUAUUAAAGAACUGGAUCCAUUUUUCAAUGUUCAUCCUAGAGACCCAUCUGGAUCUUCGGGAAAAUUGGAUAGACCUGGGUUUUCAGGCAACUUAGACUCGGUAAAAGAAAAUGACAGUAGUGAUAACUUUGAUGCCAUUGAUGGUAACACAUAUUGUUGA